UAGGCAACUCAGCAGGGCUGCUAGGAAGAAAUUACAGAAGAACAGAACAUGUUACAUUAAGUUCUCUAAUCAUUCCAUUUUGUCAAGAUGCUAAUUGUAUAUUUUAAUUAUAGUAAUUGAAGAUUGAAACAGUGAUGGGUUUUGGCAAUCUAAAGUAAAACAAUAUAAUGGAAAAGAAGUGGCCAACUGGGUGACUUAAUUUAAAGCAUUUAAACUAAAAUGAAACCAAUUGAAUAUUUGAUUUUGAAUUGGUCCUUCAUGAUAGCUACACCUUAACAAUUCAAUCACACUAUAAAUACAAAGUCUUACAUUCAACUUUUCACAGAAUCACUAACAACUAAACCUCUUCUUUCCUUCAAUCUUUUCCUCUACUUCUAAAGAAUAUUAGUGACAAUAUCUAAUAACAUAAGCAUUGGAGGUGGCAAGUUUUUUCUUUCCACCCAUGACAGCUAUGGCCAGUAGCCCCAAAAGGGGUCAUAACUGGCCACCAAUGGCAAUGGCAUUGGCCAUUGUUUUGAUUUCCACUACUGUCGUUUCUGCUGCUGCAGAUAGCUACAUUUACUCUUCUCCUCCACCACCUUAUGAGUACAAGUCACCGCCACCACCGUCUCCUUCACCUCCACCACCUUAUGUGUACAAGUCACCACCACCUCCACCUUAUGAACACAAGGAUCCAUCUUAUGAGUAUAAGUCACCACCACCACCUUAUGUGUACAAAUCACCACCUCCUCCAUCCCCAUCACCUCCACCUCCAUAUGUGUACAAUUCACCACCUCCACCAUCACCCUCACCUCCACCUCCUUAUGUGUACAAGUCUCCACCACCUCCACCAUAUGUGCACAAGGAUCCUCCAUAUGUGUACAAGUCACCACCUCCUCCAUCCCCAUCACCACCACCUCCAUAUGUGUACAAGUCACCACCUCCACCUCCUUAUGUGUACAAGUCUCCACCACCUCCACCAUAUUUGCACAAGGAUCCACCAUAUGUGUACAAGUCACCACCUCCUCCAUCCCCAUCACCACCACCUCCAUAUGUGUACAAGUCACCACCGCCACCACCUUACCUGUACAAGUCACCACCUCCUCCACCUUAUGAACACAAGUCACCACCAUACUAUUACAAGAGUCCUCCACCACCCUCCCCCUCACCUCCACCUCCUUACUACUACAAAUCUCCUCCACCACCCUCACCUUCCCCUCCCCCACCAUACUAUUACAAGUCUCCUCCACCACCAUCUCCCUCACCCCCACCUCCAUAUUACUACAAGUCUCCCCCACCCCCUUCACCCUCCCCUCCCACACCGUACUAUUACAAGUCUCCUCCACCCCCAUAUAUUCACAAGGACCCACCAUACUAUUACAAGUCCUCACCACCACCUUCACCAUCUCCUCCACCACCAUACUACUACAAAUCUCCACCUCCUCCAUCUCCUACUCCCCAUACACCUUACUAUUACAAAUCUCCACCACCACCUUCACCAUCUCCUCAACCACCAUAUUACUACAAAUCUCCUCCUCCUCCAUCACCCAUUCCCCAUACUCCAUACUACUACAAGUCCCCACCGCCACCCAAGGUCCUACCACCACCAUACUAUUAUAACUCUCCUCCUCCACCUGUUGCAUAUCCUCACCCACAUCCCUACCACCACGCAUUGAUUGUGAAGGUAGUUGGUAAAGUCUACAGCUUCAGGUGUUAUGAUUGGGAGUAUCCUGAAAAGUCUCAUAACAAGAAACAUCUUAAAGGUGCUGUUGUUGAGAUAACUUGCAAAGCUGGAAGCAAAAUCAUCAAGGCUUAUGGUAAGACUAAGAUCAAUGGAAAGUACAGCAUAACAGUUGAGGACUUUGACUAUGUCAAAUAUGGUGCCACAGUGUGCAAGGCCGCCCUUUAUGCUCCACCUAAAGGAUCCCCCUUCAACAUACCUACUAAGCUAAACGCGGGAACAAAAUUGUACUUGAAAUCCAAAGACAAAUAUGAGGUUGUGCUUAAGGCAAAGCCAUUUGCUUAUGCUUCAAAGAAACAUUUUAAAGAAUGUGAGAAGCACAAGCCUUCACCAACUCCAUACUACUACAAAUCACCUCCACCUCCCUCACCGGUUUACAAGUACAAAUCGCCACCUCCACCGGUCCAUUACUAUUCACCUCCAUAUUCCUACAAGUCACCUCCACCUCCCUCACCAGUUUACAAGUACAAUUCCCCACCUCCACCAGUCCACCAUUAUGAUCCUCCAUAUUACUACAAGUCACCUCCACCUCCCUCACCAGUUUACAAGUACAACUCCCCACCUCCACCAGUCCACCAUUACGAUCCUCCAUAUUACUACAAGUCACCUCCACCUCCCUCACCGGUUUACAAGUACAACUCCCCACCUCCACCAGUCCAUUAUUAUUCACCUCCAUAUUACUACAAAUCACCCCCUACUCCUGUGAAAUCGCCACCACCUCCAUACUACUAUAAAUCACCGCCUCCUCCCUCACCAGUUUAUAAGUAUAGCUCACCACCUCCACCAGUCCACCAUUAUGAUCCUCCAUAUAACUACAAGUCACCUCCACCGCCUUCACCUGUUUACAAGUACAACUCCCCACCUCCACCAGUCCAUUAUUAUUCACCUCCAUAUUACUACAAAUCACCCCCUCCUCCUGUGAAAUCGCCACCACCUCCUUACUACUAUAAAUCACCUCCUCCUCCCUCACCGGUUUACAAAUACAACUCACCACCUCCACCGGUUUACAAGUACAACUCACCACCUCCGCCAGUCCAUUAUUACUCUCCUCCAUAUUACUAUAAGUCACCUCCACCUCCUUCACCGGUUUACAAGUACAACUCCCCACCUCCACCAGUCCACCAUUAUGAUCCUCCAUACUACUACAAAUCCCCUCCACCACCAUCGCCGUCUCCUCCUCCACCAAACUAUUAUAAGUCCCCACCACCACCAUCACCAUCUCCACCACCACCUUACUAUUAUAAGUCACCUCCUCCACCCAAGGAGAUUUCACACCCACCAUAUUACUACAAGUCACCACCCCCACCUCCACCAUCACCAUCCCCACCCCCUCCAUACUAUUACAAAUCUCCUCCACCACCCUCACCAUCACCACCACCUCCUUACUAUUACAAAUCUCCCCCACCUCCAUCUCCAUCACCACCACCUCCUUAUCACUAUCAAAGUCCUCCCCCACCAUCUCCCAUUUCUCAUCCUCCCUACUACUACAAAUCCCCUCCACCACCAUCGCCGUAUCCUCCACCUUCUUACCAAUAUGUGAGUUCUGUAGAGUCACCUCCACCACCAAGUUAUAUCUAUGCUUCACCACCACCACCUAUCUACAACUAAGCUCAAACAGCAUAAGCACCAUUCAUGAUAAAUCAUGUUCCAGUUUUCAUCUAGGAAUAAAGGCAAGCUCCAUUUGGAGCAGAAUGAAACCUCCAGCUUCGUGUCCAAAUUUGUUAAAUAAAUGUCAGAAUGUAUCAUCUUUGAGUUACAAUAUAUGUGAUCCAGACAAUAUUUAUUUUAUUUCUUUGGUGGCAAUCUCACACUUCCUAGUCUUACUUUAUUCAAGUGAUAGACAAAUCAAAAGGGAGAAGCAAGAUUAAUUUAUUUGUGAUAUCUUUUUGAUUCAUUUGUUCGUAGAUCAAUAUGGACAUGUAUAAUAGUUUUCUAUUUAAUGAAGAUUUUUUUACUGUAA